CCUGUUUGAGGCGGCGGCGGACAGACGGACAGAUUUUAUAUAAACAGAACAAUGGAUAGGAUAAGCUGCAGCAGAAGGGCGGGACCCCGGAGCGCGCCCACGGCCUGGGUUCUAGCACUGCUGCUGGUCAUCUGCCUUGCUGAAAGCGCUACAGAGCAGAGAAUUAACAGUAGGGGCAGCAAGUCUUCUAACAUAAUUGAGAAAGUCAACGGCUGGCGGAGUCAGCGAGGAGGUUCGUGUUUAAGUUACGGACACUCAUGUUGGGGAGCCCACGGCAAAAGGUCCGGCCGGCCGCCGGUGAGCGCUCCAGAUUGGUACCUCACUAGAAUGCUACGCAAAAUGGUGUCGUCUAGCAACGAGCUUUUUCCUACCCGGCAUUUGUCCCAGAAUGACGAUACUAAUGCCAUCUUCCAAGUGGAAGUGCCAGACGAUUCACUUGCUCCCGAAGGAAUAACCGCAAAUGAAGAUUCAUCAAUAGAUAAUAACCCAAGGAGGAAUGUGGAAGCUAAACCAAUGUUAGACGACGAGUUACUAGCAAAAAUAAAGUUGUGGCAAAUGAUGAAAGAAGCAUCAGAGAAGAAAUGAACAUUAAAAUAAAUUAACCAAAAGUACUGACGGUUUGCCGCUUAAUUUUAUAAAUGUUGAUUUGUACAAGACUAAUGUUUGUUAAUGUUUGAUUAGUUAAAUACUCUAAAUAUAACUGUGUAUACUAGUCAAUUGUAAGGCUGGGUUGCAAUUGGCAAUGUAGCUUGUAAUAUAUAGAAUAGAGUUAUACGUGCCAUUUCAUGUUCAUUUUGCCUCUUGGCCGGCGCACUAUCGCGCAUACAGAUUUUAGAAAAAAAAUGUAAAGAGACCUUUUUUGUGGUUUUUUUUAUUUUGUUAUAAAUUUCAGAACAAAACGGACUAUCUCCUUUUCUAUAUUUCUUAAUUCCUUCUAAAUUUUUUAGUACUUACCAUAUUAUUUUAAACAUAGUAAUGUUGUUACUUUACUCUUCACUGUUCUGUUUUUGAAUAAAAACUUUAAUUCAAAAUAUGUGUAUAUUUUACGAUAAUCUAAAUAACUGCGCAAGAGUUGCGCAAUAAUUAGUUAACUAACUAGUCAAUCGCCAUGUAUACGGUUAUGGGAAAUAAAAUGCUUAUGCUGGAAUUUUUGUUUUAUGUAAAAAAUAUAUAUUAAUGUUUAAUUUUCAUUGUUAAGUGUGACC